AUGUCAUAUAAUAUGGCAACUAGUAAUGUUGCUUUUGAUAGAAGCACAGAUAAUAUGCAAUUAACUUCUCAGUACAAUAUUUCACCAAGUCAAAAGCCAAAUAUCCAUUUAGACACUUUAAUAUCGAAUCAAAAUGUAACAGACACUCUAACUAACCAAAAUAUACCUUCUGAAAAUGAUCCUGAUAACAUCACAUCUAUAUUACAAAGUUUUACCUUGGGCUUGAAUUCAUCCCAACAAGACCUUGUGUCAACUACAUAUUCUAUAAAGCUAUCAAACUUACCAAAGGAUAUCACAAAACGUGAAACAUUUCUCAUAUUUGCCUUGGCUGAAAACGUCCUUAGCGUAAAUUUAUUCCAUGAAAAUGAUAACUCAAAUCCAACUGAAUUGAAAAACAAUCCCACAGCAUCCCCAGUCAUUGUGGCAAAAUUCAAUACACUACAAUUGGCUAUUCGUUAUUCAAACAUUCUAACCAACAAAAGUAAUUUAUUUGGUCUACAUCCCCCACAUAAAUUGCAUGUUGAACUAAUUGAUGAUUCCACUCAAAAACCAAUUCAAUUUACCUCAGUAGCAGCAGCAUCUACAUUAAAAACUCACAAUAUUUCACAACAAAAUUCACAACAACCUAUUCCACAAAACCAACCACAAUCAAUUAUAUUAGGAAGCAACAACAAAAACACAACUAAUCGUGGAAGCCUUUUACCUCAACUUUCAAGGUUCUCUUUUAGUGAUCCCUUCACAUUGGAAACAAACUCGCAAGAUCCAACUGCGUUGAAAUCUAAAUCAUCAUCUGUAAGUCAUGUACCAACUAAUCAUCCAGAAAUUAACCCUGGUGCAAGAGAUGCUGGCAAGUCUUUCUUACUUAUGGAGAAUGACGAGAUCAAUGAUAAUAUCUGGGGAACUAAUGGUCUUACUUCAAGUAUUCAUGCUUUUUCUAGCACCCCUCAACCAUCGACACCAACUGUUCCAUGGGGUUCUAAUACCAUUACAACAAGUUUGAAUAAUAACAACAACAAUAAUAAUAGUAAUAAUAGUAAUGUUAAUAGGAGACAAAGUUCUGCUUUUUAUCUUCCUACAGUUACUGGUUCCACAAGCGUUCAAACACAAUCAACUUUGCCUAUGAUGGAUCUAAAUCAACAGAUUCCUAUAAAUAACAUAUCAAAUUCUUUAUCUGCAUCUACUGCCUCUAUUCCCACAUACAACGGUUUAAUAAAUCAAAUGGGACCACCACAAAACGUCUUGGUCGGAGAUACCUCUUUUAAUCAACAAGUGACUACUCAGUUGAAUACUUUGCAACACACAACCCCUGUUAAAACUAAAUUAAAUUCAAAUAUCAAUCGAAAUGUACCUAGCCAUAGUAUGACCCCAACACAGUCAGUUAAUGGCAACAAUAAAUUGAAUUCUUCAACUAUCUCAUUACCAGCAGCUACUGGUACAGUCACUAUGUCAGAAGCCGAUUUAUCUUUAUUAGCCAAGGUUCCACCACCUGCAAAUCCUGCCGACCAGAAUCCACCAUGUAACACAUUAUAUGUUGGUAAUUUACCGCCUGAUGCUACAGAACAAGAGUUAAGACAAUUGUUUUCCAGUCAAGGAGGUUUUAGAAGAUUAUCAUUUAGAAAUAAAAAUGGUAAUGGAAAUGGUCACGGACCAAUGUGCUUUGUUGAAUUCGAAGAUGUUAGUUAUGCUACCAGAGCUUUGGCAGAAUUAUAUGGUAGAAAAUUACCAAGAGCCACAUCUAAUAACAAGGGUGGUAUUAGAUUAAGUUUUUCUAAGAACCCACUAGGUGUUAGGGGUCCGAACAGCAAAAGAAACAUUAAUUCUAAUAAUUCCAAUAAUGUGAAUAAUAUAGGUAAUAAUGGACACCGUCCUGGAUCUGCUAAUAUAAUUCCUAAUAAUAAUAUGAAUUAUAGUUAUACAACAUACUCUAAAAAUUCAUGA